CAAAUCGUCCUGACCUCAUCGUCCACCCCAUCCCACUGUUGCAUAUACACGUGAUGCAGCAUAGACUGUAACGGCUGCUUUCUCACUCUAAUCCGAAAAUGCCUGCCCUGGACAAACUUCCAAAUUUUUCGGCAUUCAAAGCCGCGGUUCCUUGCACCGAACUCAAGCCUGUUCGAGAACCAGUUCAGGUGGGCGUGAACCCGAGUCCUGAUAUGGAACCAAUUCUGGAGCAGGAUUCGGAUUCUGGGUUUCAAUUGACUGUAUAUAAUGGUGACGUGGAACGAGAAGGAAUUAGAGAAUUCGAGGAAGGCGAAGAAGAAAUGGAAAUGGCUAGGGCUUUGAAGCCGUGCGAAGAGGGGAACUGGAAAAUUGAAAAGAGAGACUCGGAUUCCAAGAGUUCUCUUCCCUUCCUGUGUAAAGCUCCUAAAACGUGUCUUGUUUGCCAGAAUGUAAUCUACAAUGAGGAAAUAUUAUGCUCUGUUCGCAGCUGUCAAGCAGCUUUUCACCUAAUAUGUGCUAAAGAUGGACUUGGCUUCUUGUCUUCGAAACAAUUCAAGUGCCCUCAACAUGCAUGCUUUUUGUGCAAGCAAAAGAAUCGAUUGUGGCGAUGUAUAAGAUGCCCAAUGGCAUCACAUGAUAAGUGCGCACCAUUUCCUGAGCAUGUGAUUCGUUUCCCUGAUCGACCACAGGAGGUCAUUUGUUGGAGGCAUCCUACUGACUGGCAUUUGGAAAAGAAGCAAGAGGUUCCAGCCAGGAGCUUAGAGGAAAUAUUCUCUUGCUUGCCUCUUCCACAUAAAGACGAGGAAUUUGAGAUCGACUUAAACUGGAAAGACCUGACAGAAAACACAUUGGUGCCACCUCCAUAUGAGCACAUCAAGCGAAACUUUUACCUCAUUAGGAGGAAGCGCAGUAAGGUUGAUGCUGAUACUGGAUGUGCAAGCUGUAGUUCUACUGAAUGCUCUGAGGCUUGUGUCUGCAGAGUUCAGUGCAUCAGCUGCUCAAAAGGUUGCCUUUGCAAAGGAGAUUGUAAAAACAGACCAUUUCGGAAAGAAAAAAAGAUCCAACUAGUCAAGACAGAACAUUGUGGUUGGGGUGUAGUGGCAGCUGAGUCCAUCAAUAAAGGUGAUUUUGUGAUCGAGUAUGUUGGUGAAGUUAUUGAUGAUGCUUUGUGUGAGAAAAGGCUAUGGGAGAUGAAAGAUCAGGAAGUUCAAAACUUUUACAUGUGUGAAAUUCGGAAGGACUUUGUGAUUGAUGCGACGUUCAAGGGAAAUUCUUCACGAUUUCUAAAUCAUAGCUGUGCUCCUAAUUGUAAACUGGAAAAAUGGCAGGUUGAUGGGGAGAUUCGGGUUGGUGUCUUUGCAGCAAGAUCCAUUCAAGUAGGAGAACCGUUAACCUAUGACUACAGAUUUGAGCAAUUUGGGCCAGAGGUUGAGUGCCGCUGUGGGGCUGAAAACUGUCAAGGCAAUCUCGGGACUAAAAAGAAGGUUGUUUCAAGUAGGAGGAAUAAAAGGAAGACCGAUUUGAACUUCUCUUGGGGGGCAAGACGCCAAAGAUCAUCUCAACUUGUUUAUGAGAACAAUUAGAGCCAGUAAUAAAAAAAAAAGGCAAUUCUUUCAGGCGGCUCUUUCAUGUUGUAUACUGAUGUUAUCAUUGCACGCUUUAAAGAAAAAAGAAAAUAGGUACAAUUAAAUUGUUAUAUUACAACUACAAACAAAGCCUUAUUCCCAGUAAAUUUGGGGUCGGCUAUAUUCAAUUGUUGUAUUAGUUGAAUUCUUAAGUACAACAUAGGCAUAACUCAGGUUUUCCCUGUAACUUUUUCUUUCAUCUAACUCUGUAUAUAGUUCUCAUUAAGCAUGGUAACAGUCCAGUUUGGACAUGGUUUUUGGAAGAUACAAAUAUUUGUACUUUACCAUGAGAUUAAGAUUUUUGGCUUCUGC